UGGAGGGUUUGGGUUUUAAGCAAAGUGGGGAAUGGCUAGUUUGGUAGGAAAUAAGUUGGUGAGAAACAAAGGAGGUUGGUUGGGUUAGUUUUAUCUUAAGUAGUUAUUUGUUGUGCCCUCAGUGUGUUGUGCUUCUGGUUGAUCCUGAUAAAUUACUUCAGAUUUGCUCAGAAUGUGGCUUUAUGCUUUACUAUAUAAAGUGAAAAUUAUUUUUAUAAUUAAUAAUUUACAAAUCAACUACAAUCAAAUGAAAACAAGAAUUGCUACCAGAAACUCAAAGAAGGCCAAGGGAAUGGCUAAGACCAGAGAAAUCUUGAAAGGAAAGUCUUCUCCUGUCAAGGCUAAGGCUGUCUUCAAGAGAAAACUCAGCGAAUGCUCAUUGUAAGAACCUAAAAUCUCUUACAUGUUUCUAACAUAAAACUAUCAUAAGAACUUCCUGUUUCCUCUAAGUCACUGGAAAGGCACCACCUCUCCAGUCUCUUCUCACGGACCAGGCCGUUCUCUAUACUAAUCCUAACCCUAAAAAUUACCAAAAACUUCUUCUCUUCCACCUCUUUCUGACAAAUUCUAU